AUGCAACGCGAGCUUCCGUUCCGCUCUGCUCGGUCCUUCGGUGCAUCGCGGCCGCUCGGAUCGCUCGGGACCUUGCAUCGAAGCAUGGGCCUCCUGCCGACCGCAUUCCUUAAUUUCGGAUCGGGCACGAUCAACAAGAUCGCCGCGCUGACGCUCGAUGGCACCCUCAGCAUUCCGGCCUCGGAACCGGCGCCGCCGCAACACGGGCCACAGAGAAGCCCCAGGGCAGCACAGCCCCUGCGUGCCUCCACACGCCGCUCCUCGCAGCUCAGUCGACACCGUCUCGACUUUGAUCUUCCAUCAUCCAUCCGGCUUGCUCGAGCGCGCUCACACUGCGAACUACUCUGUGGCCAGGCGUCUAUCCCGAAACAGGCUUAUCCGACCGACACCCUCGCCGCGCGCGCGCUCUCCGUCACAUCCUAG